GUGUAGUACAAGUGUCCUAAGAAAGUCUGAUCUCGGAGUCCCAGUGGGUCGGGUCCGGUUUUUCGAUUUUUCCCCUGAAAAGAGAGAAAUAAAUUAUUUUACAAAAUAACAAAAUUAUUUAUCUGAAAAUGUUCUGAUAAGAACUAAGAAGAGUUGUGAAAGUGUUUCGUUUCGUAUAUCUUCCAUCGCCGCCGCCGCUGAUUUUUGUAAAGAAUAUACAUACUUAUGAAUAACGACGACGACGACGAAUACCCAUAAUAAUAAUAAUAUACAAGUAAAGUGCUAAGAAGGAAGUGAAGUGAAGAAAUAGAAGACAAAAUAGCAACUGAAAGAUAUUUGUUUUAAAGUUUUUUUUGUGUUGGAGCAAAAAAAAAAUCAACAAAAAUAGCAAAUCAAAAUGGCGCACCAGCAACUCGCCUCAGUAAAUUGUCCAUUGGACGACAUCGAUUUGGCUGCUCUAAGGGACCCUGCUGGUAUAUUUGAACUGAUUGAAGUUGUCGGUAAUGGCACUUAUGGUCAAGUCUAUAAGGGUCGACAUACAAAAACUGGUCAAUUGGCUGCCAUAAAGGUGAUGGAUGUCACCGAAGAUGAAGAGGAGGAAAUAAAAUUAGAAAUAAACGUUUUAAAGAAAUACUCAAAUCAUCGUAAUAUAGCUACAUAUUAUGGUGCUUUCAUUAAGAAAUCGCCGCCAGGCAAAGAUGACCAGCUGUGGCUGGUCAUGGAGUAUUGUGGUGCAGGUUCAGUUACCGAUCUAGUUAAGUCAACAAAAGGACAAAGUCUCAAAGAGGAAUGGAUUGCCUACAUAUGUCGAGAGAUACUGCGAGGCCUCGCCUAUCUGCACUCGAACAAAGUUAUACAUCGUGAUAUUAAAGGACAGAAUGUCCUGCUCACCGACAAUGCCGAGGUGAAAUUGGUCGAUUUCGGUGUAUCAGCACAAUUGGAUCGUACAAUAGGGCGGAGGAACACAUUCAUUGGUACACCAUAUUGGAUGGCCCCCGAGGUCAUAGCAUGCGACGAGAAUCCCGAGGCCACAUACGACAAUCGUUCCGAUCUAUGGUCGUUAGGCAUAACAGCCUUGGAAAUGGCCGAAUCCCAACCGCCGCUGUGUGAUCUGCAUCCAAUGCGUGCACUGUUCUUGAUACCACGUAAUUCGCCGCCGCGAUUGAAAUCGAAUCGAAAGUGGACAAAGAAAUUUCAAAGUUUUAUAGAUACAGUGCUAGUGAAAGAUUAUCAUCAGCGGCCUUAUACCGAACAAUUGCUUAAGCAUUCUUUUAUUAAGGAUCAACCCACAGAUCGUCAAGUGCGCAUCCAGCUGAAGGAUCACAUCGAUCGGUGUAAAAAGCGCAAGCAGGAGAAGGAGCGUGAGGACUAUCGCUACUCGGGUUCUGACAAUGAUGAUGAUGACACACAAAUUGCUGGUGAACCAAGUUCAAUUAUACAAGCACCGGGUGAUACGUUGCGACGCAAUUUCCAACAAAUCCAAGAGGGUCGCAUUGCGGCCGAACAACAACAGCAGCAAAUGGCCGCUGUGGCUGCUGCGCAGGCAGCAGCUGCUCAAGCGCAAGCUGCACAACAACAACAACAACAGCAGCAGCAGCAGCAACAACAACAGGCACAAGCCCAACAACCACAGGCGAAUCGUAAUCAAAAACCGCCAUCGCGUGAUCAGCGCCAGCAGGUUGAAGAUCCAGGACCACCAUCACGUCCUGCAUUACCCCAACGCCUCAUUGUUGUACCAGAUCCUCCUCAUGCCAAUCGGCCAUUGCCUCCAACACCAAAAAGUUCAGAGUCCUCAUCCGCACAAACCCCGCAACAGCAACAACGUAAUUCACAAAAUAAUUUCAAGCCAUCGUUACCACCAAGGAGACCUGAGGAUUUGGAUAUGAUAGCAGCACAAUUAAAUGAAUUGGGCGUCUCUCAACAGCCACAACCGCAAACAGCAUCAUCCUCGGCAUCGUUUGUUCAGCAAUCAGCCCAGCCAGAAGCACCGCCUCGUAGUAAUCGUCAAUCGGGUGGACCACCCUCAGGGUCCGGCAAGCCGGCUGCACCUCUGCCAACAUCGGGCAAUAAUCAUCAUCAUGUGGCAGUUUCCAAUCCAUUGGAUCCUUUGGAUAGCAGUGACUCGGAUAGUGAGCCAGAUGAACCCAAUGAUCGUGGACGCAACGAUGGCACCCUGUUGGCUAGUGAUCCACCAAAACCACUGCCUGGCCUGGUGCCAGUAUCGGAGGAUUCCACAACACCCAUUACCCAUGGCAGCGGUGGACCACCCAAUCGUCCGCUGCCUCCAACACCCGAUGAUGAUGAUCAGGCCGGCGAUCGUACAUUGAUAAUGAAAAGGAAACUCGAGAAUCAAAACCGAUUACAAAAAUCCGCAUCGACAUCGUGCGCCAAUCGUCCUCACAAUGAAAUACGUGAUGUAGCCCUUCUGCGCGAAUGGGAUAUUGAGAAAUUCUUUCCGAAACAAAACGCUGGCGUUGAGCAACCUGCAGGAGUGGCCAGUCUAUCACGUGGUCUCAGCAAUUCCAAUAGUAGCACGCUGAAGGCAGAGUCAAAACUGCAACGUUGCAGUGUGGCCGAGGGGCCCAGCUCAAGACAAACACCAAAAGGUUUUCAUCCGCUGAAGGCAACGUCCGGUGCUCAACCCCAAACACAGACCAAAGAUCAAACUCGUGCAUCCAUGUUGGAGUCGAAUAAGUCAAAAGCUUCAUCGAAUGGUGGCUCUAGUAGUAGUAACAAUAAGUCUUCCACACCCAUAACCUCCUUAACGUCGUCCUCCUCGCCGGCGAACACAAAUGCCUUGAAAAGUGCCAAUUUAAAUGCUACGCAUAAGAGGCAAGAGUCUGACUCGAAAUUGCCACAAAACUUUAUACGCGGCUUCCGACGCGAAAACUCGGAUUUCUUCCCACUAACCAAAAGGCAUUCGGCGGUGCUGGUCAACACGAGCCUUCUGCAACAACAGCAGCAGCAGUCAUCAUCCUCGUCUAGCUCAUCGCCUUUCGGUUCAGCGGCCCAAAGAGCCAGUGCCAUGAUACCCAGGAACAGUGGUAUGUUCAAUAAAAACUCCAAAGAUUCGUCCUCCUCCUCCCUUGCGGCCAAUAAGACGAUAACAUCGACGAAUUCCAUCACGGCCAGCACUAAAAGUGCCAGUGGUGUUGGAGGAGGAGGUGGUGGUGGUGCUCCCAAUAAGACUAGCUGGACUAGUAACUUAGAUUUCUUGCGUCCUCGUCGUGAAAAGACUGAAUCCGUUAUCGUUUUGCAAAAUUCUGCCGCCCGACAACAGCUGUUUGCCCAACAAUUGGUCCAGCAACAACAACAACAGCAGCAGAAUCGCAACACCGAAAAUCUUGGUACACCUGGUACACGUACCAGCAGUGUUUUGCCCGAUUUGCUUAGUCAAGCUUCACCAGCCACUCCACCACGCCAUGACAAGUCAUCCAGCGAGGAGUAUCAAGCGGCCAUUAACUCAUCAGUGCAUUCCACACCUUCAAAAUCGUUCAUUGGCGGUGUUUCGAACAAUUCGCCACAAUCGACAAUUUCCUUGAAUUCAUCCUCGUCUCGACAAAAUAGUCCCAAGAAUUCAAUCAGCAAAACUCGUUCUUCCAGUAGCAUUACUAAUCUGUUGCAUAAAUCUGCUUCUUCCUCUUCCAAUACAUCGUCGGCUGCUUUGCCUGUGCCACCCUAUGCUCUGCAACAGAAGCAGCGCAGUUUCCUGACAUUCGGUUUUGGUGCUGGCGGUUCUGGACCAUCGAGACGUGAAUCGCAUGUCAAUGUCAAUGUUACACCCACCUCGCAUGAGGCUUCCAGUGACACGCCCGAAAUACGCAAAUACAAGAAACGCUUCAAUUCGGAAAUAUUGUGCGCCGCCCUCUGGGGCGUCAAUCUAUUGAUAGGUACUGAAAAUGGUUUAAUGCUUUUGGAUCGUUCGGGUCAAGGAAAGGUUUAUCAACUGAUAUCACGUCGACGUUUCCAGCAAAUGGAAGUUUUGGAGGGUCAAAAUAUCUUGGUAACCAUAUCGGGUAAAAAGAAUCGUGUGCGUGUGUAUUACCUAUCCUGGCUUAAAUCGAAAAUUCUUAGAACAGAUGGUCUCUCUGAUCAAGUUGAACGACGCAAUGGCUGGAUUAAUGUUGGUGAUUUACAAGGUGCUGUACAUUUUAAAAUUGUUAAAUACGAAAGGAUUAAGUUCCUCGUGAUCGCAUUAAAAGACUCGAUAGAAAUUUAUGCCUGGGCCCCCAAACCAUAUCAUAAAUUUAUGGCAUUUAAGAAUUUUGGUGACUUGGAACAUCGUCCCUUAUUGGUUGAUCUUACGAUUGAAGAUCAAUCUAGACUGAAGGUUAUUUACGGCUCAGCAGAAGGUUUUCAUGCUGUUGAUCUGGAUUCGGCUGAAGUAUACGAUAUUUAUCUUCCUAAGCAUACUCAGGGUGCAAUUAUUCCGCAUUGCAUUGUGGCUCUUCCAAAUUCAAAUGGUAUGCAAUUGUUAUUAUGCUAUGACAACGAAGGCGUUUACGUGAAUACAGUCGGUCGAGUAUCCAAGAAUAUUGUGCUACAGUGGGGUGAAAUGCCCACUUCAGUGGCCUACAUUGGAACCGGACAAAUUAUGGGCUGGGGCAAUAAAGCAAUAGAGAUUCGCUCGGUCGAAACUGGCCACUUGGAUGGUGUGUUUAUGCAUAAAAAGGCGCAACGUUUGAAAUUUUUGUGCGAACGCAAUGACAAAGUAUUCUUCAGCAGUGCCAAAGGUGCUUCAUCGUGUCAAAUCUACUUCAUGACUCUCAACAAACCGGGCAGUAAAUCAUCAACCACUACCACAACCACAACCACCACCACCACCACCUACAUUUCCCACUUAGACUCAUCGCCAUUAUAAAGCAUUCAGCUGAAUUCGACGAUGAGACGAUGAGAGCGAGUUGAUCAUCAUGAUAGUAGAAGAAAACCAGAGUAUUUUCUAUAGAUGUUUUCUUUUUCUUUGCGAAUGAGAGAGAAUAACAAAUCAAUCAUGCGAGAAAUCAUACAGAUGAUUACAAAUCUGAAUAUGGUUAAAUCAUCUAAUUAUUUUAUAUCAAUUAUUAUAAUUUUUUAAAAAAUUAAAUAAAAAAACAAAACAAAAUGCUUAGUCUUAAGAAACCCCAAAUGAAACUGAAGAAAAAGAAAACAAUUUAUAUUAUUAAACAUUGAAAAACAAAAAGUCGAAAAAUCCCUAUGCAAUGUGAAUGAAUGAAGCAAGCUAUAGAGAACCCUGAUAGGAAGAAAACACAAUUACAAAUUACACACAGUUUGCAAUAUGGUCUAAAUAAAUAAUAACAAUAAUAACAACAACAACGGUUCAUUUCGUUGAAAAUAUGAAAGAAAAUAUGUUAAUAUUAUUAAUAAUAAUAGUGAGAAACAAAUUGGAACAACAAACGGGAAAUCCAUUUACUCCAGGUUAACACAACUACAAAGUGAAACCUAUAUAAUAAUAAACGAAAGAACCAUGUAUUAAAUAGUAAAUAAUCAAUGUACUAUCUCUCUCUCUCUCUCUCUCACACACACACACACACACCAAUCAAAGGACC